AUGCGUUUCUCCACGUGCCUUGCGCUGCUGCCCAGCGCCCUUGCCCUGCCCACUCUUGACUUUGCCUCCUACAUGACCCCUCGCGCCAAUGCCAAAUCCUCCCUCACCGGCUACCUGGGCGUCUUCUUCCUCGGCGAUGCGCCGAAUGUCUACUUCUACCAAUCGACCGGCAACAACGCGGCCUCCAUGAACCCCCUCAACAACGGCGACCCCGUCAUCGUCCCCACCCUCGGCACAAAAGGCGUCCGCGACCCCUCCAUCAUCACCGCCCCCAGCGACCCCAAGUACUACAUCAUCGGCACCGACCUCAAUAUCGGCGCCACCACCUGGGACAUUGCACAGCGCAACGGCAGCCGCUCCAUCUUCGUCUGGGAGUCCACGGACCUGACAACCUGGAAGUCCGAGCGGCUUAUCGAGGUGGAAGACGCAAGCGCGGGCAUGGUGUGGGCGCCGUCUGCUGUCUGGGAUCAAGCAAAGGGCGAGUACCUCGUUCACUGGGCGAGCAAGUUCUACGGCGCCGACGAUCCAGGCCACACCGGCGCUCCCAGUGCAACCAAGCUGCGGUACGCAUACACGCGCGACUUCACCACCUUCUCGGCCCCAGCAGACUACAUCGACUACUCCCCCACCAACGUCAUCGACUUGGAGUUCCUCGACCUCGGCGACAACAAGUACGCGCGCUUCGUCAAAAACGAGACGGCCAAGACCGUCUUCACCGAGGUCAGCACGAGCGGUCUCUUCGGACCCUGGACGCGUCCACAGGGCGCAAACUCCAUCAUCGAGUCCGCUGUCGAGGGGCCCGCCGUUUACUGGGACAACGAAGUCGAGGGCAAAGCGCAUCUGCUGUUGGAUUUCUACGGCGGGGACGGGUACCGGCCGUACGAGAGUGUCGAUGUUGCGGGCGGCGUGUGGACGCCGUCGGAUCGCGCCGCGUGGCCCAAGAACCUGAGGCAUGGGAGCGUGUUGCCAGUCACGAAGCAGCAGGUCGAGGCGCUGAAUGCAAAGUGGGCGUAA